AUGCUGAGGCCGGGAAUGCGGCCGCUGCGCCGGUCGAUGGAUGGGGGCGCUGUGCGCGUCAUGGGUGGCGCGACGCGCUUGGCGUCGGGGCUGGCAUCUCGGGGCGGUCGAAGGCAUUCCAGGGCGCCCGCACUGGUGGUGGCGUCCCUGUGCCCAUACCAGACCCUGGGAGUCAGCGAGACAGCAGAUAUGAACGAAAUCAAGAGAGCCUACAGGAAGAUGGCGCUCAAGCACCACCCAGAUCGUGAGGGAGGUUCUGAGUCCAUGUUUUUGGCAAUUCAUGAAGCCUACGAGAUUUUGCUUGGCACAAAGCAGGGUAAGAACAUGGAUCGUUCUACGGGCUGGGAUUUCCAUGAUUGGUACUGGAAGUUCUUGAUGCGGCGAAAACAUGGGCACAAAGGCCCAGGGCAGGCCCAUGACGACCAUCACAGUGGCUCUGCAUCCCGCGAGCAGGUGCGGUCACAACUGGCGGGCCUCCGGCAUCGGGCUGCAGUGCGUGCACAGCGAAUGAGAACAGAGGAUGGACACUCGCAGCAUGGCCGUGCGCACGUUGGUGAUGAAGACACUGGCACCAAUGAUGACGAGGAGAUGGAAUGGAUGGGGCACAUCGGUGAAGAGGAUAGCUCGCCUGAAAGUUUUUGGCAGGAAGAUGAUGGUACUGGUGGGGCACCGACUGAAUCGGCGACAGAGGAGGGGAGACAGGCAUAUCAAAGGUUGUGCGAGGAAGCCCGGCGGCGACAAAGCUUGUCAGGGACUGAAAAUCACCAAGCAGUUCGGAGUCAGUUGGCAGGCCUGAAACGCAGGGCAAACAUCCGCAAGGAAAUGGACUUUGACAGCUAA